AAAUUGCUCAUACUACUUUGUAUUCACUUUGUUCUGUUCAGCUAGGAAUAUCUUUAUUGCAUAAAAACUCACUUAAAAGGCUAAUAAAAGCAACUUGAGUAGUAUAAAAGUGCACAGUAAAACGUUAUCAGUACUAGAAAUAUCGAGAUAGAGCUUAUCUUUGUAAAAUAUCAUUUUAAAAUAAAUAAAUAAAAGUUUUCGUGGUAAUUUGUGCUUACUCAUUAUCCUAAUUUAAAUCAUGAAGCACGAUUUCGAGAGAUUACCUAAAUCUGUCGUUCCAAAGAACUAUCACCUUCAUUUCAUUCCUAAUAUCCCUCAAUUUUCUUUUACUGGAAGUGCUUCAAUAUCUAUUAAGAUUGAGGAGAAGGUUGAUCGCAUUACAUUGAAUUCUGUGGAUCUUAAAAUAAGCAAUGUUCGAGUUAAAAGUGCUGAUGGAAACAUCCAGAAAUGCAAGGAAGUCGUGUAUCUUACAGAGAUAGAAGUUGUGCAUUUCCAGUUUGAUACUUUAUCGCCUGGAGAAUAUUCUCUUGAUAUGGACUUUGAAGGAGAAUUAAAUGACAAGAUGAAAGGAUUUUACCGAAGCAAAUAUUUUUCACAUCCAGACAUGCAGGAAAGAUAUGCAGCCGUAACACAGUUUGAAGCAACUGAUGCCAGACGAUGCUUUCCAUGUUGGGAUGAACCUGCAUUAAAGGCUACAUUUAAUAUAUCCAUGACAAUCCCUCAAAAUCUCGUUGGAUUGUCAAACAUGCCAUUAAUUGAGGAAACAAAAAGCGAGAAUGGAACGAAGACAUUAAAGUUUGGAACAUCACCUAUUAUGUCUACAUAUUUAUUAGCUAUGUGUGUUGGUGAAUACGAUUAUGUUGAAGGAAGUUCGAAGGAUGGAGUAAAAGUACGUGUGUAUACGCCUGUUGGAAAAAAGCAGCAAGGUCUAUUUGCCUUGGAAGUUACUAUAAAAGUUCUGCCUUAUUAUAAGGAUUACUUUCAAAUUGCCUAUCCCUUGCCAAAAUUAGAUUUAAUCGCAAUUAGCGACUUUGCAGCCGGUGCCAUGGAAGGAUGGGGUCUCAUCACAUAUCGUGAAACAAUGGUUCUCGUAGAUCCAGAAAAUACAUCACUUAUAAGGAAACAAAACAUCGCAUUAACUGUCGGACAUGAAGUUGCACAUCAGUGGUUUGGAAACCUAGUAACAAUGGAAUGGUGGACUGAGUUGUGGCUAAAUGAAGGCUAUGCAAGUUUCACAGAAUUCUUGUGCGUCAAUCAUUUGUUCCCAGAAUAUGAUAUUUGGACUCAAUUUAUGACUGAUAUGCAUAGUCCAGCAUUAGAUGCUGACUCCUUAGAUAAUUCUCAUCCUAUUGAAGUUGAAGUUAAUCAUCCCGCAGAAAUAGAUGAGAUUUUCGACGAAAUCAGUUACAAUAAAGGAGCAAGUAUUAUUAGAAUGUUGCACAAUUAUUUAGGUGAUGAAGAUUUCCGUAAAGGUAUGCAUUUAUACCUGACUAAGCAUCAAUAUAAGAAUACAAUUACUGAGAAUUUAUGGGAAAGUUUAGAGAAGGCAAGUGGUAAAGUAGUCGCAAAUAUCAUGAGAACCUGGAUUAAACAAAUGGGAUUUCCAAAAGUGAAAGUUGUGAAAGAUACCCAAGAAGAAAACGGUCGUCGUCUUGUGCUUGAACAAACAAAAUUCACAGCAAACGGAAGUAUUGAUGAAAAGUCAUUUUGGAUGAUUCCAAUUUCCAUUGCUACGCCUAAAUCAGCUAAUGCAUUAACAACAGUCUUGGAUAAAAAGGAAAUGGAAGUAUUUAUUGAGAAUGUCACUGAAAAUGACUGGAUCAAGAUAAAUCCCGGAACUAUUGGAUUUUAUCGUACUCAAUAUCCACCGGAUAUGCUUGAAAAAUUCAUUCCAGCCAUACGAGACUUGACAUUGAGUCCAUUAGAUCGUUUAGGACUUCAUGAUGAUCUAUUUGCAUUAGUUCAGAAUGGCUCUAAUAAAACAGUCGAAAGCUUAAAGCUGAUUGAUGCUUAUCGCAACGAAGACAAUUUUACUGUUUGGUCAUCAAUUGCCACAUCAUUGUCUAAAUUGAAAAAUUUGUUGUCGCAUACAGACUUGACUGAUAAAUUUAAUGCUUUCGGAAGACACAUCUUUACGCCAUUAGCUGAUAAGCUUGGAUGGGAAACGAAGGAUAAUGAAAGCCAUUUAGAGACUCUCCUUAGAUCUCUCGUAUUGAGCAAGCUUGUCUCAUUUAAUUGUGAAAAGACUUGCGAAGAAGCAACGAGACGAUUCUAUCUCCACAAAGAAGGAAAACAGAUUUUACCAGCAGAUUUAAGAAUGACUUGUUACCGUGCUGUUUUGCAGAAUGCAGAUGACAAAGUCUACGAGGAAAUGCUUGCAUUAUAUCGAUCAACAGAUCUACACGAAGAAAAAGACAGGAUUUCACGUGCUUUAGGAUCCAUUAACAAUCCAACGAUCUUACAAAAAGUCAUAGCAUUUUCAAUGAGUAAAGAAGAAGUUCGUGCACAAGAUGCAGUCUUUGUCAUUGCUUCUGUUGCUGUGAAUCCAAAAGGUCGUGAUUUAACAUGGACAUUCUUCAAAGAGAACUGGAAAAUCUUAUUAGAUCAAUAUAGCGGUGGAUUCUUACUUACAAGACUUGUCAAGCACAUCACUGAAAACUUUGCAAGUGAAGAAAAAGCUCUGGAAGUAGACAGCUUUUUCAAAACUCACGAAUUUCCUGGUGCUGAGAGAACUAUUCAACAAUCUAUUGAAACAAUUCGAUUAAGCACAGCUUGGCUGAACAGAGAUCUUGCUGAGAUCACUGAAUAUCUCAAAGAUUAUUAGACUUGUGUCAUUUUUAAUUUGUACAAAUUUCUACAAUGCUUGCAGAAUUAGGAUUAGAUGAGCUAAGAGCUCUAAAUGCAUGAAGAAUUUCCUUAAUUUAAAUUUGGUUGUAAAAUUGUGGAUUAAAGUUGGUUUGGGAUUAGAUUCAUUUUUAAUCCAUUGGAUUUAAUUUAAAUCUUGAAUUAAUCUUUAACCUUGUUAUGCUUAACUUUAAUUUCGGAUAAAUUUUGAAUCCUUGUGUUAUAAAAAAUCGAUGAUAUUUCCUUUAAUUCUUUUUAAAACAAUUAUUUAAUCCUGUGUGAACCGUAAAUUUUUUUUUUUUUUAAUAUUACCAAAGCCCUCAGUCAAUCAAUGUUUGUUUCUGUUCCACAUAUCUUAAAAUAUCAAUAUUUUGUUAAUUUCAUGAAAAAAAAUGCCAGCAAUAAACAAAAAACAAAAAAAUGUAACAAAAACAAAUGCUUAUUGCAAGUCAGUUACUUAAAAUUCAUGCUGCUCACUCUCUUUAUGUCUCUCGAAUCCACGAUUAAAAACAAUACAGCUGAUUCCAACACACAUAAAACUUCUCUCUCAUUAACUUUGUACAUAGAGGAACUACUGCUUGUGUCAUGAAAUGUGAUUGUAAUCUAUGCAUCGUCGGAAAAUUCUCUUGAUUGACAUUGAUACACAACCAAAUUUUUACAUGCCUUGUCAUAGCUAUUGAGAGAGAAAAUCGUUAAAUACUAUUCUUUUUCUACGUUCAGUUUCACCCACUCACCCAUUUAUGUAUAUUUAUUAUGUACUUCUAUGUAUCAUGAAGAGAAUGGACGGAAAAACUUUUUUUUCUUCUCUCAAAAAAUAAUGUAUGUAUGUAUAGCUGGAAAAUCAACAAACAUAAGCUCAGUCUUACGGAAAUUUUCGAAUCGUACAGAAUUGCUAAGAGUGCUGCAAAAUUAAAUAAAGACAUUUUUAAAGGAAGUUGAUGGAAGUUUUUUAAGGAUUUAGUGUUUAUAAACAGUUUUUAGUGCAUUUAUGGAUGUUAAAGUGAGAAAAAAAAUAAUUAAUUAAAUUUUCAAUG